AUGGUUCAAGUGGCACCGGUUGGUGUAGGAGGAGGAAGUGGUCAGAGUCGACCUGCAUCAGAUCCAAGGAUAGGAUGGUUUGUCUACAUGCUAGCAUUUUCAGCAGUCAUCGGAGGAUUCCUAUUCGGAUAUGACACAGGAAUUGUAUCUGCUGCGAUGCUCUAUGUCCCAGAUGCUGCUGGAAUCAAACCUCUGGAUUCUGUUUGGCAAGAAAUUAUAGUUAGUGUGACCCCUGGAGUAGCAGCAAUCGGAUCUUUAUGUUCGGGACCAGGCUCUGAUUUCCUGGGAAGAAAGAAGAUUAUCAUUGGAGCAAGUGUUACAUUCGCAGUUGGAGCUGUCAUUUGUGCAGCUGCAUGGACAAAGAUUGUACUUUUAAUUGGAAGAAUUUUAUUGGGUGCUGCAAUCGGAUUCGCUUCGAUGAUUGUUCCAAUUUAUGUAUCAGAAGCAUCCCCAUCUCAUAUUCGUGGAAAGCUUGUCACAGGUUUUCAAUUGAUGAUUACUGUAGGAUUGGUAAUAGCAAACAUUGUUGGAGGAGCUUUCAGUUAUGUCGAUCCAUUUGGAUGGAGAUUAAUGUUUGCCUUUGCUGCGGUCCCUGCUAUUAUUCAAUUCGUAUGCUUCCUUUUCCUUCCAGAGUCUCCUCGUUGGCUUUAUGAGCAUGGAAGAACUGUUGAGGCAAGAGAAGUGCUGACAAGAAUCUAUAAUGGGCAUACGGAAUGGGUUGAUUAUGAAAUCAAUGAAAUCAGUUUCUCGUAUGAAGAAGAGUUGAGAGCAAAGGCAGAACAUGCUGGAAAUGGACCAACUAUCAUUCGUAUCUUGAAAACUCCGCAUGUCAGAAAAGCUUUAAUUAUUGGAUCUCUCCUUCAAAUGUUCCAGCAGCUGUCUGGAAUUAAUACGGUUAUGUACUACACGGGUAACAUUAUCAGAAGUGCAGGAGUCAAAAAUAAACACACAACCAUUUGGAUUUCUGUGGGAACUUCUGCAAUCAAUUUCAUUGGAACCUUCAUUCCGAUCGCCCUGGUAGAACGUCUUGGUCGCAGAGUUCUUCUUCUUGUUUCUAUGAUUGGUGUCAUUCUGUUUUUGAUUGCGAUGGGUGUCUCCUUCCUUUUGAUUAACAAUGAUUCCUCACUAACAUAUCCACAAAACGAAUACGCUGCAACACCAAACUUCAACCCAUCAGUCAAAGAUGCAAUCAAAUGCAUGAAAUACAGUAACUGUGAUUUCUGUGUGACUGAUGAAAAGUGUGGUUUCUGUGAGAACAAAGCAUCCAAGACUGGUUACUGUCUUCCAUUUCCUGAUUCUGAUUCGGCGGAUUUCUCUGCCACCGGAAUAUGUCAAUUCAGUAAUUUGACCGGCAACGGAAAAACGUACGAAUGGGAAGACUCGUACUGUCACACAAAAUUCACUGUUUUGCCAAUCAUUAUCAUGGUGUUCUAUUUGCUGUCUUUUUCAGCAGGUUACGCUCCUCUUCCAUGGGUGCUCAAUGCUGAAUUCUAUCCACUGUGGGCCAGAAGUACAGCAGUUUCCAUAUCAACUGCAUUCAAUUGGAUAUUCAAUCUCAUCCUGCUACCAAAUAUGGUAAGCUUCAAUACUCAAUUGAACUUCAUGAAAAUUUUUACAGGAACAUUCUUCAUUUACUGUGGAUGUACUAUUGUCGCGUUGAUUUUCGUAUUCUUCUUCGUACCCGAAACUAAAGGAUAUUCUAUUGAUGAAGUGGAAAUGUUGUUCAUGACAAAGGAAGAACGGGAGAAGACACAGAAAGUUCUAGAUGAGAGCAAAGAAGGAAAACAUCGGAAUUCUGUAGCACUUUCUUAUGAUACUAAAUUUUAA